UUCCAAGGACACAAAGAACUUGCCAGCCUCACAGACUGCCUGCUCAUCAUGUCUUCCAUUCUUGAGAAGAUGAAGAAAUUUGGCAGUACUGACAUGGAGGAACCUGAAGCGACAGAUGAACACACGGAUGGGGAGGACUCCAUGCUGGAGGCACCUGACAGCCUCCAGGGAGCACUCAGCACCAAGGUGCAGCCACCCAAAAGCAACAUCUUUGCAAGACGUGGGCGGUUUGUGAUGGGGGACAGUGACAAGGACAUGGCUCCCAUGGACUCCUUUUACCAGAUGGAUCAUCUGGUGGCACCUUCUGUCAUUAGAUUUCAUGCCAAUUUGGAGAGGGGGAAACUUCACAAGCUCCUAUCUACAGAUUCCAUCACAGGCUGCUCAGAAAAAGCCUUCAAAUUUUAUGACCGCAGAAGGAUCUUUGAUGCUGUAGCCCAAGGCAACACAAAGGACCUGGAUGAUUUGCUACUCUACCUUAACAGAACCUUGAAGCAUCUCACAGAUGAUGAGUUCAAAGAUCCAGAAACUGGGAAAACCUGCUUACUGAAAGCUAUGCUGAAUCUGCAUGAUGGGAAAAACGAUACCAUUCCUCUGCUGCUGGAUAUUGCAAGGAAAACUGGAACCCUGAAAGAGUUUGUUAAUGCAGAAUAUACUGACACCUACUACAAGGGCCAGACUGCACUUCACAUCGCCAUUGAGAGAAGGAACAUGUACCUGGUGAAGCUCUUGGUCCAGAAUGGAGCAGAUGUUCAUGCAAGAGCCUGUGGGGAGUUCUUCAGGAAAAUCAAAGGAAAACCUGGCUUUUAUUUUGGGGAGCUGCCUUUGUCCCUGGCUGCCUGCACCAAUCAGCUCUGCAUUGUGAAAUUCCUCCUGGAGAACCCCUACCAGGCAGCCAGCAUUGCUGCUGAGGACUCCAUGGGCAACAUGGUGCUGCACACACUGGUGGAGAUUGCAGAUAAUACCAAGGAUAAUACCAAGUUUGUUACCAAGAUGUACAAUAACAUAUUGAUCCUUGGGGCUAAAAUUAACCCAAUGCUGAAGCUAGAAGAACUCACCAACAAGAAAGGGCUGACUCCAUUAACUCUGGCAGCCAAAACAGGGAAGAUAGGGAUUUUCGCUUACAUCCUCAGACGAGAGAUCAAAGAUCCUGAGUGCAGACACUUGUCUAGGAAGUUCACUGAAUGGGCCUAUGGACCUGUCCACUCUUCUCUGUAUGACCUCUCCUGUAUAGACACGUGUGAGAAAAAUUCCGUGCUUGAGAUUAUUGCCUACAGCAGUGAAACCCCAAACCGUCAUGAGAUGCUGCUGGUGGAACCCCUUAACAGGCUGCUGCAAGACAAGUGGGACCGGUUUGUCAAACACUUGUUUUACUUCAACUUCUUCGUCUAUGCCAUGCAUAUCAUCAUCCUCACUGUAGCUGCUUACUACAGACCUGUAGAGAAGAAGGAAAAGCCUCCCUUCACAUUUGGUCACAGCACUGGGGAGUAUUUUCGGGCAACUGGAGAGAUCCUGAGUGUACUGGGAGGUCUCUAUUUCUUUUUCAGAGGGAUACAGUAUUUUGUGCAGAGGCGCCCAUCGUUCAAGACGCUGAUAGUGGACAGCUACAGUGAGGUUCUUUUCUUUGUUCACUCCUUACUCCUCCUGAGCUCUGUGGUGCUGUACUUCUGUGGCCAGGAACUGUAUGUGGCUUCCAUGGUCUUCUCCUUGGCACUGGGCUGGGCUAACAUGCUGUACUACACCCGUGGCUUCCAGCAGAUGGGCAUUUACUCUGUCAUGAUUGCUAAGAUGAUCCUUAGAGAUUUAUGUCGCUUCAUGUUUGUCUAUCUAGUAUUCCUCUUGGGAUUUUCUACAGCUGUGGUGACUUUAAUUGAAGAGGACAACGAGGGGCAAGACACAAACAGCUCGGAAUAUGCCCGGUGCUGCCACGUGAAGCGAAGCCGCACGUCCUACAACAGCCUCUAUUACACCUGCUUGGAGCUUUUCAAGUUCACAAUCGGCAUGGGGGACCUGGAGUUCACAGAGAACUAUAAGUUCAAGUCUGUGUUUGUCAGCCUUUUGGUUCUUUAUGUCAUCCUUACCUACAUCCUCCUGCUCAACAUGCUUAUUGCACUGAUGGGGGAAACUGUGAGCAAAAUUGCACAGGAGAGCAAGAGCAUCUGGAAACUCCAGAGAGCUGUCACAAUCCUGGACAUUGAGAACAGCUACCUGAACUGCUUCAGGCGCUCCUUCCGCUCUGGGAAGCAAGUCUUGGUGGGGCUCACACCUGACGGCCAGGAUGAUUACAGAUGGUGUUUUAGGGUUGAUGAAGUGAACUGGUCCAUGUGGAAUACUCAUCUGGGCAUAAUCAAUGAAGACCCUGGGUACUCGGGGGACCUCAGGAGAAAUCCCAGCUACACUAUUAAGCGUGGUAGAGUUUCAGGGAAAAACUGGAAAACAUUGGUUCCACUUUUAAGAGAUGGAAGCAGGAGAGAAGAGAUUCAAAAGGUACCAGAAGAAGUAAAAUUAAAACCUAUUUUGGAACCCUAUUAUGAGCCAGAAGAAUCUGAGACGUUGAAGGAAUCACUUCCAAAGUCAGUCUAAUCUUACUUCUGAGCAGCAGCUUAAUUCUAGUUGCCUGUGUUGGUCCUCACAAGUGGGACAAUUUGAUCACUUGAUUGACAGGAACAGGGAUAUUUUGGAGAAAGGUCAGAGGAAUGAGGAAAUGCCAUGUGCAAAGAGUCAUUAAGUAUGCUAAAUAAAUUAUUUGUUGUUUUAA